UGCAAAUAAAAUAUCAACAGAACCUUCUCUGUCUCGUGGCUUACUAGUAUGACGUCGAUUUUUCACACUUAAAUUGGUUACCAUUAAAAAUUGUGUCCCCAAUUUUACAAUGUCAUACGUAUUACAAUCACGGAUUAGGGGAAACACCUGGGAUGUUUUCUUUUAAGAUUUUGUCCAAAAGAGUGAACAGAAACGAGACAGAGAUCGAAAUAGGAAACAGAAAGAUUGCAGCUCAUGCAUUUCUGUAUUCACCAUCUACUAAGAUCUUGUUUAAUAGCAUACCUAUGCGUUAUUCUAUAAUGAUGCAAAUACGAUUUGAUGGAAAAAUUGGAUUUCCUGGUGGCUUAAUUGACAAAGGUGAAAACAUUGAAUUCGGAUUGAAUCGAGAAUUAAAGGAAGAGAUUGGACUUGAAGAAAAAUUUUACUUGGAUGAGUCUAACUAUGUUGGGUCCUAUGUUACACCCAAACUUGUUGAUCAUUUUUAUGUCAAAGAAUAUUUUGAAAAGGAUUUGGAAAGAAUUGAAAGGGGUGUGUUGGAAGCAAAAGACUGGGGUGGAGAGACAUUAGGGCUCUUAAGAGUACCGGUUCAUACACUUCACGACAAUAGGAAACCCCUGCCUGCAUUUUUGCUGCAUAACUUCAUUGCUGACGCACGAGAUCAGCUUAUACAUAGCAUAGUAGAUACAGAUGUACUCAGUGAGUCAGAAAUGAAUAACAUUUUGGUAGAAUCACAACAAUUGAAAGACAAAAUGGUUCAAAAACUGUGACUUUAUUAUUAAAUUUAGGAUAAAUUCAACUUCUUUGGAUAAAUGCCAUUACGCUCAUUAUUUUUAAGUUAUUGUUUUAUACACCUCAUCUUCGCAUACAAACCACCGAUAAUCAUGUAGAUGUAUAUAUAUAACUUUUUUGGGUUCUUAAUUUUAGGAUUUUUUUCUGUUUUCAAAAUAGCACUUCUUUUCUAAUGUUGUAGGCUAUUUUGUAUUUUACCCUGUGUGUCAAGUCUCAGGUCAAAAAAACGUGCUACAUUUGUUUUUCUUUAAUGUAUAAUUAUAUCGAUAUAAUUUUGUAAAACAUACGCACUUGUGGUGGGAACAAUGGCCCUAAAUAAGAUUACAAAGAGAAAACUGCAUAUAGGUUAUAAAGUGUGUGUUAUUUACAACUAUUCAGUAAAGUGGUUUUAUU